AUGUCUCCUAUAAAUCUGCUUAAUGUCACACACUCUCAAGGACGCAGUCUGUGUCUAUCCGUCGUGGCCUCUAACACAGGCCAAGAGGCCAGGAAAGCACACCUAAAGAACGUGGUUAAUGGAACCAAACCAGACCUCACUGCCAAGCUGCCCGGGGGCCGGGCCGCUAGUUCCGGGCAGAAACUCCCGCGUCUUGCCGCGCCUGCUCCCGGGAACUCGCGGCGCCGUGCGCACAAGGAAGUGACUCUCCCCAGCGGCUGCGAUCCGGACACUUACCUUAGUCUUUUCGUUGACAGCCUCCGGGUUGUAUUGGUUACAGAAGUACAGAAAACUGCUUACUGCGCCAAACUGCCCUCCAGGCGGGGAGUGGGGAAGGUAGGCGGGAUGGGAGGGGACGACCCCACGCUGGCUGCACUUGGGCGCGUCCUGCCCUGCGUAUUAAGAGUCCCAGUGCACAGCCCAAGAUGCUUCCUCUCCAGAAUGGGUCUCUUCUCUAAACUGGGGCUGUUCCCCUGGUAUGCCAGAAAACCUCCAGGUUGGUCACAGCUCUUUCUGGGCUCAGCAUGUAAGGAAAACUUCACCCAGGUGAUAGCCAAGAAGCAUCAAAGAGGACAGGAAAGUCAGAAGAAACCAAGACAUCUUGGACCACUAGAUGAUUCCUGGCAGGAAAGGCUGGCUGAUGUUGUGAUGCCACUCUGGAGGCUGAGCUAUGAAGAACAGUUCAAGGUGAAAUUUGAAGCUCAGAAGAAAAUUUUAGAGAGACUAGAAUUUUACCUCCAAGGGCUAAAUGGAGUCAAUAUGACAACAGCUGGACCCAGAUCCAAGGGGCUCUGUUGUUUUCUCCAUCCUAUUAUACCUUCUCCUGUCAUUGAUGGCUACUGAAAUAAGUCUACCUUCUCUGUGAACCGAGGUCCAGGUGGCAAUCCAAAGACUGUGGGGUACUACCUGGGAACUUGGAGAGAGGAGGGUCAGGUGGUCUGUCUAUGGUUUUGUAGUCUGAAAAACAUCCCCGAGAAACACAAUCAAGUGGCACAGGUAUAUAAAGUAUUCCUUUGACAGUCCCCAUUGGAGCCCUGCCUUCUGUUUCAUGAAGGUGGGUACUGGUGUGAGCUCAUAGUCUGCACCAAUAACCAAGGGCACACAAUGGCCAUCAUCAUUUUUCACCCCCAGGAAUUAACUCAGGAGGAGCUCUCUGUUCAGAAGGAAGCUGUAAAGGAGUUUUUCACCAAAGGGCCAGGAGCAGUCUGUGGCUUAACAUCACUUUACCUCCAGGAAAGCACAAUGACCCAUUACAGCCAUCAGCAGUUCCCCUACUAGCUCUUCUUUGGGGACCCCCACAUCUUUGAAGAUCUCCUAGGCUUGAAGUUCUGCAUGUCUCCGGAUGCCUUUGUCCAGGUCAACACUGCUGGUGCAGAGAUGCUGUAUCAGACUGUGGGCGAGCUGAGUGGAGUGAACUCUAACACCAUCCUCCUUGACAUCUGCUGUGGAACUGGCAAACUGGGAGCCUCUCUGGCCCAGUAUACCUCCUAGGUCCUUGGGAUUGAGUUGGUGGAGCAGGUGGCAGAGGAUGCCAGGUGGACAGCAGCCUUCAACGGCAUCACCAACUGUGAAUUCCACCCUGGUCAAGCAGAGAUUUUGCCACAGCUACUACAGUCAAAGGAAGAUGGGCAGUCAAUUGUUGCUGUGGUGAACCCAGCCUGGGCAGGACUGUACUACCAGGUGGUUCAAGCCAAUCACAACUGCGGGGCCAUCCACACUCUAGUUUUUGUUUCCUACAAGCCCCAUGGUGAAACCACAAGGAACAUCAUUGACUUGUGCUGUCUUCCAGACUCCACUAAGAAGCUCCUCGGCAAGCCUUUCAUCCUGAGACAAGCUGUGCCCGUGGAUCUAUUCCCCCACACCCCUCACUGCAAACUGGUGCUUCUCUUCACUCGAUAAGCAGCCUCUUACAAGCCUGUCGGCUCUUUGUUAAGGUUGAAGUGUCAGUAACUUCCAGGUUUGGCAUAUUGUGACAUCACAGACCCUGAAAACAUUACUGAGGAAACCAAUCUUUGGAUCUUGAGCAGGAAGACUAAGUGGACCUCCUUCCCAAGGCAGAUUUAUAACCUUAGUUUUCAGGUUAACUGGCUCUCAUGCAAAUUUGCCUGGUUGUGACCAUUCUUUGGAUGUGGAUCUGGACUAUUCCUUCCUUUUGCUGUCAGCCUGUCAUGGCUCGCUCGAUCCCAGUUUAUAGCCUGUCUCCUCCGUCUGGUUCUGCCUGUGGUGGGGUGACAAUUGAGCUUUUCUCUGUAUGUGGUCAUAAUUUCACAUUGACUUGGGUAUCUGUAUUUACCCAGAGAUUUUACUAGAUAUGUUCUGCAUUCAUGAGGUAGCCAUGGAUUAGAAUUAGAAACAAGUCUAGCUUUUUCAAAAAGCAGAGUAAGCUAUGAAGUGAUUGCAGAGUGGCUGUGUGAUCUCAGUAGAGCUUCAUUCCUUUGGGUUUUUUAGGCUAGAACAGCCUUUAAAAGUGUGGUUAUCCUUAAGAGCAAUACCCCCAAUUACCUCUCACCUAUGGAAGGAGAAGUGAUUGUAGUAGAGACCCUAUGGGAAAGGAGAGCUUCAAAGAAGAAACUGAAUACCUAUAAUUGUGCUGUGUAGUAUGGAGGCAGAAAGUUCCAGAACCCCCUAAUGAUCCAGUAUAUACUAUAACAAACUGGAUAUUGAAACUGACAUUCUCUAGUCAUGAUUUCUUCAACUCUGGAGUUGUUCUUGGAUAUGUGCCCAACAAUUUAAAAAAAAAUUUUAAUUGAAGUGUAAUUGCUUUACAGAAUUUUGUGGUUUUCUGUCAUACAUCAACAAGAAUCAGCCAUGUUCCCUUCCUCCAAGACCUCCCUCCCAUCUCCCUUGCUAUCCUACCCUUCAGCCUGUUAGAGCCCCUGUUUGAGUUCCCUGAGUCAUACAGCAAAUUCCCAUUGGCUAUCUAUUUUACAUAUGGUAUUGUAAAUUUCUAUGUUACUUUCUCCAUACAUCUCCCCUUCUUCCUCCUCUCCU